AUGAAUGCUCCUGUCAAAGGUCGCUUGAAAGUCUCUUCUUGGUUGAAACUGGUUUUGGUUGACAUUUUCACUGCCAUUUUGUUUUCCAGGGAGCCUCGAGGUAGUAUCAGCGUGAAGGUCUGUGAUCUUGGCAAAAUAUCAUCCCCAUAUCUGUCCGCGCGACCGUUUUCCAACAUGGCGGCCUAUGGACAGGCCCAAUACAGUGCAGGGAUCCAGCAGGCCGCUGCUUACACUGCCUACCCUCCAGCGCAAGCCUAUGGAAUACCAUCCUACAGCAUCAAAACUGAAGACAGCUUGAGCCAUUCCCCGGGACAGAGCGGAUUCCUCAGCUACGGGUCCACUUUCAGCACACCCCCUACAGGGCAAGCCCCAUACACCUACCAGAUGCACGGCACAUCAGGAAUUUACCAAGGAACAAAUGGCAUGACCAACUCAGGGGGAUUUGUCUCUGUCCAUCAGGAUUAUCCCUCCUACCCAAGCUUCACCCAGAGCCACUACUCCCAGUAUUACAGCUCUUCAUACAACUCUCCGUACGUGUCCACCAACAACAUCAGCUCUUCACCCUUGUCCACUCCUACGUACGCUCUCCAGGAGUCUUCUCACAACGUCGCCAGUCAGAGCACAGAGUCACUACCUGGGGAGUACGGUAGCCACAAUGGCUCUUCGACACCCGCAAAAGACACAGAAUCAGACCGGCAGCACAGGGGCUCUGACGGAAAACUGCGUGGCCGAUCAAAAAGAAGCAACGACCCCUCCCCGUCCAUGGAUAAUGAGAUAGAGCGUGUGUUCGUGUGGGAUUUGGACGAGACGAUAAUUAUUUUUCACUCCCUACUCACGGGAACUUUUGCAUCCAGAUACGGGAAGGACACCACUACAUCUGUGAGGAUAGGUCUUAUGAUGGAAGAAAUGAUCUUCAACCUUGCCGAUACACAUCUGUUCUUUAAUGACCUGGAGGACUGUGACCAGAUCCAUGUGGACGAUGUCUCCUCAGAUGACAAUGGCCAAGAUUUGAGCACGUACAACUUCUCGGCAGACGGCUUCCACAGCUCGGCGGCAGGGGCGAGUCUGUGCCUGGGCUCCGGGGUCCACGGCGGCGUGGACUGGAUGAGGAAGUUGGCGUUCCGCUACCGGCGGGUGAAGGAGAUGUACAACACCUACAAGAACAAUGUCGGAGGCUUGAUGGGAGCGCCCAAGAGAGAUACCUGGCUGCAGCUGCGAUCGGAGCUGGAAGCCCUGACAGACCUCUGGCUCACGCAAGCUCUCAAGGCCCUGAAUCUCAUCCAUUCCCGGCCCAACUGUGUCAACGUGCUGGUCACCACAACCCAACUCAUCCCGGCCCUUGCUAAAGUCCUCCUGUAUGGCUUGGGCACAGUCUUCCCCAUAGAGAACAUCUACAGUGCAACCAAGACAGGGAAAGAGAGUUGCUUUGAGAGAAUAAUGCAGAGGUUUGGCAGGAAAGCCGUGUACGUCGUAAUAGGAGACGGCGUAGAAGAGGAACAAGGAGCAAAGAAGCACAACAUGCCGUUCUGGAGGAUCUCUUGCCACGCGGACCUGGAGGCCCUGCGACACGCCCUGGAGUUGGAGUACUUAUAGCACAGGGCCGGCAGGCCGAAGCCCGAGGGGAGAGAGCCACUGUCCACUCAGGACCACGCCGUGGGCCUUCCUCGCCGGGGCUGACCGGGGACACGCUGACAGAUGGACAGACCCCACCGGGGAAGCUGCCUUGCCUCACAGACCCGGGGAGGGGCUCCUGGGGGAAAGCCUCGUCCCUCUCUCCCCUCCCCCAGACCCCCGGCUCCCCACCAGGGUCGUGAAGGAUUCGGAGGUGGGAGAGUGGAGCGACCGGAGGCUGAACGUCAGGCGGGCUCCAUCUCCCCGGCCCGGACCCCUGCCCUACCGCCCAAUCCAUCGGUCCACCGGUGGUAUUUAUUGAGCGCUUCCUGUGUGGUGAGCGCUGUGCUGAGCGCUUGGGAGAGGACGGUUGCCGCACUCUCUACCCUAGAGGAACUUACAGUGUAGAAAGGAGAGGUGCUCAGGAGCGGGAUGCUUGGGAACGGAUUUGGGAAUGCUCCCAACUCUGGGGAAUCUGGGGGGCGGGUGGGGGAAGUGAAGAAAAGGAUGUAUAUCCCCGGACUUGUGGGUGGGCACGUUCAGGAUGGACUUGAGGGCCGGUGGGGGGGCGGGGGGGAGGUUUUGGCUUUUUUUUUUAAUUUAUGAACUAAUCUCAUUACUCUGGUAUUAUGCGCUUGUACCUGUCAUUGGGAUUUUGUUGUCGCUGGUUUUAUUUUUUUAAACUGUUGCAGGGGGUUUUCGGUUCUAAUUUAAAAGACGCCCUUCUCCGGGCAGUCCUCCGGGGUAGGAUCCGACCGUGUACAUCCCCGAAGAUGUACAUCGGGAAGAUCUCUGGUUUAUAUUUCUUCUCAAGAACCUUUUCUUGAUGUUGGGGGCCGUGCGUCGCGUCUCCGCGGUGCCUUACUCUGCCGCCUGGUUUUUCGGGGCAGGGAGGGAUAACCUUGUGAUGGAUCGAAAGGCAUUGAAUAAAACCUCGUUUACAUUUUGAGA